UCAGUUUGAAAACAUUGGGUCAUUAUAACCAACCCACCAAACAAGUAAAGAAUGGCGCAUUUUUCUGCAGUCUCACUCACCCAAGUUGUUUUGCUGUUGGUUUUCAUGUGUUGGACGCCAAGUUCGACUAGCGCUGCCUUUUCCUUGGAGGAGGAAUUCCUACAACUGAAGGAAAAUUAUAUUCAAAUGAAACAAGCCGUGACAAGUUUGGAAUCGACAGCGAUUGAACAGCAGGCAAAAGUGACACAACUGGAGGCGCAACUCGAACUAAAUAAUGAACUAAGACAAGAUUUGGCAUUGAGAGUAAUACAAUUAGAGGCCAAAAAUGUCAAACUGGAAGUCAAAAUUCAGGAUCAAGAAAGAAGAUUAACUUCACUGUUGGAAGCGGCUGAACUUCCAGUUUCCACUGAUUCAAAAUUAUUUCCAGUUAAAAAAGAAAUUUCAAUUCGAUCAACUGGAAAGAGUGGAAGCCCAAGGACAUGCAGAGAACUUCAAGCGACUGAUCCUUCACUUUCAUCCGGAAUGCAUUGGAUCGAUCCGGACGGACAAGGUGUCGGCGAUGACCCAAUUUACGUUUACUGCGAUAUGACAUCAGGAUCGACCUCAAUUCUACACAAUAGUGAAUCUUCUUUAAAUGUGGGCCACUGCGCCGAGGCCGGGUGCUAUUCACGAUCCAUCAACUACAAUUCGUCAAUGGGACAAAUCAAAGCUUUGAUGGAAUUAUCCACUGAAUGCCACCAGUCGAUUAGAUACGAUUGCAACUUUGCCCCAUUCGAGUCAAAUGGCGUCGCCUACAGCUGGUGGAACGACAGAGAAGGAAAUGCGCAAUACUUUUGGUCCGGAAGUAACGCUGGCGGAGUUCACACCUGCCAGUGCGGAAUUGAUGGAAAUUGCGUCGAUCCUGUGGCGAAAUGCAAUUGCGAUGCUCUUGCACCACUUCAGUUAGUCGACGAUGGUGUCAUUACCGACAAAAAUGUUCUGCCCGUCACUCGUUUGAAUUUCGGACAAACUCAACUGGAAACUUCAUCAGGCGUCCAUACGCUUGGCCAACUCGUGUGCACAGCGACUUUCAGUGGACUGCCAAAGUCGUGCCAAGAUUUGAGGUUGAUUGGCCAUACCCUGAACGGAUUUUAUUCCGUCAUGGGAUCGGCGAAAAUGGAAUCGGUUUACUGCGAUUUCACUAAACUCUCGGGCGACGAAGGUUUUCAAAAAUGGAUCGGAUUCGCCGACAUCAAAUCAGCACCCGUCUAUUUCUACGUCCAGCGAAAUUCUCAUUUUUUCACACGUGACACUCCAAUUACGUUCGAUUUUGCGCGGGUGAACGAGGGAAACGCUAUGGAUUUGACGUCGGGAAUAUUCACGGCACCGCGACCGGGAAUUUAUUUCUUCUCUUUUACGGGAAAGGGGCGUCAAUCAUCUUCAUCGUUUGUAUGUACUCUUUAUUUGAACGGGAAUUACAUCGGGUCGAGUAUUGUUUACGAGGAUCCUUUACCCGUUGAUCAAUCUACUCCGUUGACCCUCCAGUCGACGCUGAGCUUGAAAAAAGGCGAUCAAGUCUGGGUGGGGAUUUGGUAUUAUUCUGGUACAUCCUCGUAUUUGUAUGACGACAUCCGCCACUACACCCAUUUCACGGGUUUCAUGUUGGAGGAGGAAAUUGUGGCGUCCCUUUGAGGUUCAACAUCCAAAAUCAUCGGCGACAACAAGAAAACUAAAGUGAACGUCGACACGGACAUUUGGGGAAGGUUACAUUAUUCAUUAAGCGGUGGGCAUUUCUUUACAAAAAUUUGAUUGUGAAUGAAUUACACUUAUCGAGGAUCGUAAAAAACUCUUUUUGAUUGCCAGAU